UGGCUGAUGAGGCUGGCUGGGCACAUUCAAAAUGGCGGAGUGUGGAGCGAGCGGCAGCGGGAGCAGCAGGGACAGCCUGGACAAGAGCAUCACGCUGCCCCCCGACGAGAUCUUCCGCAACCUGGAGAACGCCAAACGCUUCGCCAUAGACAUAGGGGGGUCGCUGACCAAGCUGGCCUACUACUCCACCGUGCAGCACAAAGUCGCCAAAGUGAGGUCUUUUGACCACUCAAGCAAGGACUCAGAGCAGGACCACGAGCCGCCCUAUGAGAUCUCUGUGCAGGAGGAGAUCACAGCCCGGCUGCAUUUCAUCAAAUUUGAGAACACCUACAUAGAGGCCUGCCUGGACUUCAUCAAAGACCACCUUGUCAAUACCGAGACGAAGGUCAUACAGGCCACCGGCGGUGGGGCGUACAAGUUCAAGGACCUGAUAGAACAGAAGCUGCAGUUGAAAGUUGACAAGGAAGACGUGAUGACUUGCUUGAUAAAGGGCUGCAAUUUCGUGUUGAAGAACAUCCCUCACGAGGCCUUCAUGUAUCAGAGAGACUCAGACCCUGAGUUCCGGUUUCAGAUGAACCACCCCAACAUUUUCCCCUACCUUCUUGUCAAUAUCGGCUCUGGAGUCUCCAUUGUGAAGGUGGAGACUGAGGACCGAUUUGAGUGGAUUGGUGGCAGCUCCAUCGGAGGUGGCACCUUCUGGGGGCUUGGGGCCCUGCUCACCAAAACAAAGAAGUUUGAUGAGCUGCUGCGUCUGGCCUCCCGGGGCCAGCAUGCAAACGUGGACAUGCUGGUGCAGGACAUUUACGGUGGGGCCCACCAGACCCUGGGACUGAGCGGCAACCUCAUUGCCAGUAGCUUUGGAAAAUCGGCCACCGCCGACAGAGAGUUCUCCAAGGAGGACAUGGCCAAGAGCCUGCUGCACAUGAUCAGCAAUGACGUCGGGCAGCUGGCCUGCCUCUACGCAAAGCUGCACUGCUUGGACAGGGUGUACUUCGGCGGCUUCUUCAUCCGGGGCCACCCUGUCACCAUGCACACCAUCACAUACAGCAUCAACUUCUUCUCCAAGGGGGAAGUCCAGGCGCUAUUCCUGAGGCAUGAAGGCUACCUGGGAGCCAUCGGAGCGUUUCUGAAAGGCGCCGAGCAAGACAACCCUAACCAGUACAGCUGGGGAGAAAACUACGCGGGCAGUUCUGGACUCAUGAGCUCAUCCCCCGAGCUCUGCCCCGCACAGCGGGCAAGGAGUGGCACAUUUGAUUUGCUGGAAAUGGACCGGCUGGAGAGGCCAUUGGUCAACCUGCCACUCCUUUUGGACCCGUCUUCCUAUGUGCCUGACACAGUCGACCUCACAGAUGAUGCCCCGGCCCGCAAGUACUGGCUCACCUGCUUCGAGGAGGCCCUGGACGGGGUAGUGAAGCGUGCUGUGGCAAGCCAGCCGGGCUCUGUGGACGCAGCCGAGAGGGCGGAGAAGUUCCGUCAGAAGUACUGGAACAAGCUGCAGACCCUGCGUCACCAGCCCUUCGCUUACGGGACCCUGACUGUGCGUAGCCUUUUGGACACGAGGGAGCACUGUUUGAAUGAGUUCAACUUCCCGGACCCUUACUCCAAAGUGAAGCAGAAGGAGAAUGGCGAGGCCCUGAAGUGCUUCCGGAGGGUGAUCCGCUGCCUGGACGCCCUGGGCUGGGAGGAGAGGCAGCAGGCCCUGGUGCGAGGACUCCUGGCGGGGAACGUCUUCGACUGGGGAGCGAAAGCCGUCUCCGACGUCCUCGAGUCUGACCCCCAGUUCGGGUUCGAGGAGGCCAAGAGGAAGCUCCAAGAGCGGCCCUGGCUCGUGGACUCCUACAGCAAGUGGCUUCAGAGGCUGAAGGGGCCCCCUCACAAAUGUGCCUUAAUUUUCGCAGAUAACAGUGGAGUAGACGUCAUUUUGGGAGUCUUCCCCUUUGUCAGGGAGCUUCUCUCUAGAGGGACGGAGGUCAUCCUGGCGUGCAACUCGGGCCCUGCCUUGAAUGACGUGACCUACAGCGAGUCCCUCAUUGUAGCUGAGCGCAUCGCAGCCAUGGACCCUGUUGUCCACUCGGCGCUUCGGGAGGAGAGGCUGCUGCUAGUGCAGACGGGCUCCAGCUCCCCCUGCCUGGACCUCAGCCGUCUGGACAAGGGGCUGGCCGUGCUGGUCCGGGAACGUGGAGCAGACCUGGUGGUCAUCGAGGGCAUGGGCCGCGCCGUGCACACCAACUACCACGCGGCCCUGCGCUGCGAGAGCCUCAAGCUGGCCGUCAUCAAGAACUCCUGGCUGGCCGAGCGCCUGGGCGGCCGGCUCUUCAGCGUCAUCUUCAAGUACGAGAUCCCGACCGAGUGAGGGCCCCGCCCGCCGGACUGUUCUGCUGGGCACCUGUCAGGAAGGUGCUUCGACUAUAACAGGGAAACUGCGUCCAAAUCAGAGUAUUUAUAUUGCACUUCUGUGGCCCAGCCAGGUGUGCCCAGGUGGGCGUGUCAUUCGUGGAGCUGGGUUCGAUGUCUCUUUAACGCAGCCGUGUUUGUGGUGGAGAGAUGCAACUUUUGUCCCAUGAGACAUUCACGUUGGAAUAUAUUUAACUGUUAAAUAAUCUUUUAUAUAUGUGCAUAUAUAUAAAAAUAUAAAUAUAUACCUCUCUCUGUUAGAGGCUCGGCAUGCACA